CGCGCCAAAGGGGGCGCGGCGACGCCGGAGCGUGAGGGCGGGGCUUGAGGUCAAGGCCUCCGCUGAUUGGCUCUCUGGAAACUGCGGGAAAGACGCCUCGGUGGAGCCUCGGCCGGCCGCGGGGGGGGGGGGGAACCGCCGAGGGACUGUGACGCUUGCGCAGACGUGGGACGCGCAGACGCCCGCUCCGGUCCGCCGUGGGUUAGAGCCUUGUUGAAUGCUUCCGGCCGGAGGCCGGUGCAGAAACAGGUCCUGCCACCCCAUGUCCUCCAUGAGCUGGGCUUUGCUGCGUCUCCCUGCACCGUUGGUCAGGAUAUGCUCAGGGAGUUGGGGAAUCAGGCUUCCAGGGAAGCCAGCACUGCUCUUUCCAGGAGUGGCUGCCACUGCAGUGCAGGUGGCAGGCAGGAAGGACUGUUCUGCUCUGCUUCCCCUGAAUGAGAGUGAACUUGAAGAACAGUUUGUGAAAGGACAUGGUCCAGGAGGCCAGGCCACCAACAAAACCAGCAACUGUGUAGUGCUCAAACAUGUGCCCUCCGGCAUUGUGGUCAAGUGCCACCAAACACGAUCUGUGGAUCAAAACAGAAAGAUAGCUCGGCAAAUCCUCCAGGAGAAAGUAGAUAUUUUCUACAAUGGUGAAAACAGCCCUGUUCACAAAGAGAAGCUCGAGGCGGGGAGGAGAAAGCGAGAGAGGAAGAAAAGAGCAAAGGAGACUCUAGAAAAGAAGAAGUUAUUAAAAGAGCUAUGGGAAGCGAGUCACGGAGAAAAGCACUAAUGUCGAUGGUGUGUCAGGAGGCUUCCGGCAGUAAUGGCGGCAGUGCCUGGCACCAGCAUUAUAACAUCCUCUACAAAAGCGUUCUGGAAGUGGGUGUGAUGGUAUAUAUCUGCAGUCUCAGCACUUGGGAGAGCUAAGGCAGGAGGAUUACUGCAAGCUUCAGAACAACCUCAUCUGUAUAGCUAGUUCUGCAGCAGCCUUUCCUGCAUGGUAAGACUGUCUCAAAACUACAGAAGUGGGAGCCGCAGACAUGGCUCGCACCUCCUGCAGAAAGAAGGCUCAGGUGCAGUUCCCAGUACCUUCAGAGGGUUACUUACAAGCUUCUUGCCUGUAACUGCAGCUCCAGGAGAUCCAGGGCUGCCUUGUGGCCUCCACGUGGCACAUACACCCACAUAUGCACAUGCAUAAAUAAUUUUAAGAACCUUUUAAAAAUAAAUAUCACACUGGUAGAUUCAAAAGAACAAAGUUUUAACCAGGCCUUGUGGCGCACACCUUUAAUCCCAGCACUCGGGGAGGCAGAGGUAGACAGAUCACUGAGUUUGAGGCCAGCCUGGUCUACACAGUCCAAGACAGCCAAGGCUACACAAAGAAACCAUGUCUCAGGAGAGACGAAAAAAAUAAAGUUUUAGAUUUUCUUAAAUUGUGUGUGGGGAGGUAUGGGUCAUGUGUACAUGAAUGCAGGUGCACACUGAGGCCAAAGGAUUCAGAUCCUCCUAGAUCUGGAGUUACAGGAGGUUGUAAUCUGCUCAGCCUGAGCGCUGGGAGCUGAUCUUGGGUCCUCUUCAAAAGUACUAUGCACCCUGAACCACUGAGCCAUCUCUCCAGAGCCAGCCAUCAAUUUUUUAAGUGGCUGACUACAGCCAGUAGUGAUACACUUCCAAGAAUAAAACCGUAGGGCUAGGGAGGGGACCCAUCAGGCACCUGACUGCCAAGCCUGACGCAGAGUUGUCUUCUGACCUCUGUACGCACUGUGUCACAUACACAAAUAUGCACAGUCGAUAAAUGUGAAGAGUGAUACUGUAUGGCACACAGAAGGACACUACAGGAAGAGGACAGUAGUCGGUGUGUGAGUUGCCACUGCUUCGUGGGCGGCUGGAUUUGGGCAGUGGUUACAAAAAUAUCCCCCUUUGUGUUUCUUUGGUUUUGAGACAGGGUCCCAUGUGUCCCAGGCUGGCCUUGAUCGCUAUGGAAUUGAGGAUAAUCUUGAAUUCCUGAUCUUCCUGUGCCCCUCCCAUAGUCUAAGAUGAUGCAAGGUUAUGCAACAUGUCUGUUUUUGAGACUGGCCUCCAGACAGGAGGCUGUCUGGUCAUCCCAAAUGUUGGGAUUAAGUGUGCGUACCUCUGCACCUAGUAAUACACUGAUCUGCUAAAAAGGUGGAAAAUAGGGCUGACAGUGUGCAGAGACACUUGUUACGAAGCCUGACAGCAUGAGUUUAGAUACUCAAAAUCCACCGAAGGGUGGAAGGGCAGAACUGACUCCACAAAAGUGGCCUCUGACCUCCUGACAUACAGUGUGAAUGUGCCCACAUAUCAAACACAAAAAUAAAAGGUUAAGGCAAAAACAAUUUGAAAAGGUGCUGAUAUUAGAUAAGCCCAUCUUGGGCUGGAGAAAUGGCUCAGAGGUUAAGAACACUGGCUGUUCUUCCCAAGGAAGGUCCUGAGUUCAAUUCCUAGCAACUAUAUGGUGUCUCAUAACCAUCUAUAAUGAGGACUGGUACCCUCUUCUGGCAUGCAAGCAUGCAUGCAGACAGAACACCAUAUAAAUAAUCAAUCUUAGAUAAGCCCAUCUUUAUAGCAGGUUGAGUCAAACAAUAGCAUUUACUAGUAUCUUGUCCACUCUAGGGCCACUGCUGAGCUGUCUUAAGGCUUGUUUAUCCUUUGUUUCUGGUAAAGAGAAAAUGACAGCAGAAUGUUACAAAGUUACCUGCUGUGCCUACUAGUUUUAACAGACAAAGUAGAAUCACCAGGGAAGUUUUAAUGAGAACUUACCUCGAUUGCUGUAGAUAUGUGUGGGAACUGUCCUGAUUGUUAACUGAAGUAGAAAGACCCAGCCCAUUGUGGGCAGCAGCAUUCCCUAAGCAGGAAUCCUGAUUGCUGUGAGAACACAGCUAAGAGCAAGUAACAAUGCCUUUAUAUUCUCUGCUUGACUGUGAACGUGCUAUGGCCAGCUACUUGAAUUCCUGCCCUGACUGCCCCGAAGUGAUGAAUUAUAACUUGAAGCUAUAAGCUGAAUAAACUCCUCUUUCCUAAAUUACUUUCUUCCAGGGCAUUUUAUCACAACAGAAAUGCCAGUGGAACUUGUCAUGUGUGUCAAAAAUUCUUCAUUCCCUGUAUAUGAGCAAGUAGAUUUUUUCAGACCCUGAUUAAUGUUUCCAUCAUCUACUGGACCUUACAGUCUUGGUUUUGGAAAUAAGGUCUCACACAGCACAGGCCAACCUUGAGUUCUUCCUGUCUCUGGAUCACCGACCACCACCACACAAGGCUACAGAUGGUUUUUCAUGUGUUUAAACCUUUAAACACAUGACAUGAGUUCUAACAGUAGCUUUCCCUGUUAGAACUCCAAAGGCGGUACAUGCCUUUAAUCCCAGCUGUUGGGAGGCAGAGGCAGGCCUCAUCUCUUAGCUCAAAUGCUAGAGACCAGCUCCAGCACACAGGGUAAACCAAGGCAGGUCACAGCACUGGCGAUGACCAGUUGGUAGCUGGUGUUUCUCGCUGUACUUUAACUCUUAAUCUUUCAGGCUGGUAGCCUUGCUAUUUGGGUCUCUCUAUAUGCGGUUUAACUCUCAGGGGCUGCUGGUCACAAGAGCCUUCAAAAGAAAAGAGAGGUGGCAGGAAAUUGAACCCUGAACUUCCAGACUCAGGGUCUGAAGCUUUAACAAUUGAGCUAUCCACAAAAACAGCUCUCUGGCUAAAACUUUAUUGUUUAACAGCAGAGGGUCUUAAUCAGUUAAGUACAAGCAGCUACAGCCUUGACACUCUUGCUGUAAAUACAGGAGUUUGUAAAAAGAAAAACAUGAAUUAUUUUUAACUUAAUGGCUCAGCAGUAAACGGCAGCUUGCUGGAGGCUAGAGUCCCAAUAACACCCUGGAUUGUUAAACUUACAAAACUUAGAAGCAUACAAAAACAACAUACAUUUGGCAGACAAAGCAAGCAGAUCUUUAUGAACCUCACACACGUGCACACAUACAAUCAAUAGACAAAACAAAGGAGCUCCCAAAGAUGCCAUUCAUCCACAUAUAUGUAAACAUACAGGUAUAAAUAUAUACAUAUGGACAAUAUAUACAAUCAGACAUAUAAACAGACAGGUUUUUGGAUGAAGCAGGUGACCUCAACAAAUGUUUAAUUCUGUCUUGGGUUUUAUACUGUAAUACAAAGGUUCUCUAUUGAAAAAUUAACUCAUUCAAAAAUACACAAUCAUUACAUAAAAAGGGAGUUUUGGCAGGACUGUUGAUCCUAAUAUCUAAGUAGAUACUGUUGUUAUAACUUUAAGGCAGGGGUUUUAUCUAUAUGCUCAUUAUGAGUUCAAAGCAGACGUUCUAUUUCAAAUGUACAUUGUGUUCAAAGCAAGUUUUUUUGUUAAGGUUCUUCUAGGAUCUUAUCGUGUACACCAGGGCCUUAUUCUUGGACUAAACCUGGAACGAAUAUAUCUCCUUGAUUUGUUUCAAUCUUGUUUUCCCACUUGUGUAGAUCAGGUACUUGACAGAUUGAGGGCCACAGAGCACCUAGGUUUUUGCUAUACGGCAGAAGUUUUUAAAUUACUUGAAUCCAGUCAGAAAUGUUUUAAAAUUAUCAAGGGUUAUGAAAUCAUCAGUUCAUUUAAACAGCACUAUGAAGGUACAUCUUCAAAAUAAUCUGCAGAGAUCUGCCCAACAGAGUGAAGCAGUAAGCAGUGAGGGUCUCUGCCAUGCCAGCUAUGAGACAAGCAUAGAAAGGCAGUAUAGCAACAAUAAGCAGUCCUUAUUGAGGCAAAAUCCUUGGGGCCUUGCCUACACCAGGGAUACACCCAUUGGUCAGCCUCGCAAAAGUGAGUGGGCUGCCUCCAGCAAGCUCGCUUGCUUCUGCCAAGUCAGCAUGUAAUUGCUCCCAGAAUUCAAGGCCAGCCUGGCCUACAUGGCAAAUUCCAGAACAGCCAGAGCUACAGACUGAGACCUAGUCUUGGGGAGGGGAAGGGACAGUACUGUGAGGGGAGGCACAUUGUUACCUGCCUCACCUGUGCACGGGGUCCCAGGCUGUCAGGCUGUUCUAGGAUGGACAUGCUCUGCAUUGCGUAAAUCUGGGAGCUGUCUGAAACUGCCUGGGAUGCGCCGAGCAGGACUCCCUUGUUGGAACACCAAGGCUCUUCCUUCAUCAGCCUUGCUUUGAGCAGUUCUAGAAAGGGACAGGCCCACAGGAAGGCAAGUUUGGAACUUCGCCAAGAAGAGCAGCUAAGGUCUCUCUCCUUUGGCAAACUGGUUCUCUGCCAUGGAGAUGCAGGGAAGCCCAGGGCCGCCUCCAUCAGCCUUUGAACUUUUUAUUUUUGGGUUCUUUGCUUCUCGCCUGCAACACUGACUGCACAUCUGACACUUGUCUUCAUCCAGUCCAGGGCAAAACCCGGUACAGGGUCAGUUUUCAUACAGCAAAUAUUCUCCAAGCUCUAUGGAGAGCACACGGACUCUCCUCAGCACAAGAGAACACUACACUAUGAAAAAUACUCAUUUUUAAGGCAAUGCCUCACUAUGUAAUCCUGUUGUGGCACCAAGUAUGUGACCUUCCUACCUCUGCCUUUCAAGGAGUGAGCCACAGUCCCCAGCAGAGAGGUCCUUGGAGCACCACCCACCUGUGAAUAUGGUAGCAGCAGCCACAGCUGUCCGCUGUACUCUGUUGGCCCUGUGGAUGUCUGUAAUCCUGGAGAGCUAGGCAUCAGCACAGAAGCCUCUGGCCCAGACAGGAAAUGCCCUUAGAAGAUAUGGCCAGGCCCUCCCUCAGGAGCUUCAAUGGUGACUGCAAUACUUAGGGAACCAAGACAAGAACUGUGAGUUCAAGGCCAUGGUCACUGAUAGACUGCUCUGCUCCCCCAAAGAAAAGCAAGCACUCAAGACCCCAAGGACCCAACAUCUUAAUACAAACUGUUAAUGAAAAUAAGCUUUAUUACAUCAAGUAAUAAAUACAAAGAUGCAACAGUUUCAGUCGUUUUCCUCCAGAUGUGAUCGGCUCACAGUAAACAUGGAACUGAGAUCUACGGUCUCAGGAUGGACAUUUGCAGGGUGCGCGGUAGGUUGAGUAAUUGCUCUUCUGUGUUUAUGACCUGUGCAUUCUUAAGAUUGACUUCAAAGCACUCAGUCAUGCAGAUACUUAAGCAGAGAAGCUCCCUGAAGCAGGGUCUACGCUGUACACAGGCAGGCCAGCCACCAAGCAAAGGUGAUGAUGUGUGCACGCAAGUCCUCAGGGGCAGGUGAGCUCAUGGAAAGGAAGUCAACUGGGGUGAUGCAGAUGGAAAAUGUAUCCAGAGGGAAAUUAAAGGGGACACUGGUAUUUGGGGGGCAAACAAUAGCUUGCUCUGAAGUGGCUUCACAAACGUCUUUCAGAUGCUUGGAAAGAAAAGAGCCGAGUCAUUCCUAACUACUUAAAAUGCACAUCGUCAGAAACUGCAAAAUGUCUUCCCAAUCUUUUGAGUGUGGGUUCAGAGCUUAAUGAUCGCCGUAGAACUACUGCCAUUUUGAACAACGCCUCUCAUCUCCGUGGAGUAGCAAGAUGGGCCUUCAGACUGGCCAAGGCUAGGACCUGGCAUUACGUUCCGUUUCAGCCAAGCACUCCCGAACCAGGCUUCGGGCAUGAAUGAUGCCUGUAAGGAAAAGCAGAGACUGGCAUCAGUCAAUUCACAGAGAAGGAAGACCACCUGCUGGCUAAACCUCAGCCACGAAGUCUUCAUUCUACAGGGGAGUGGAGGAUCUACAUCCAAAUACCUGGAAAGGCCAGGCUGCUCUGGAGGCUAUGAUGAGGGAAGAUCAUUUGAACCUAGGAGUUCAAGGCCAGCAACAUAGUUAUCCUUUCUUUAAAAAAAAAAUGCUAUGCCCAGGCAUGGCUGCUCCCACCUGCAGUCCCAGGACUCUAAAUAAAUCAGAGGACAGCCUCAAAUCUUGUUACACUGAUGUGACAUGUGACUGUAUGGCUGGAUGACACAAACUCCUUCUCAUUCUUGUAGGGCCAGCAGCUUCCCCAGAAUGUAUCCUGAAAUGGCCACUUGGUACAUCCAUAUAUAAUUUAAUCCACUGGCUUUUGGGGUGAAUGCAAAUUUGCUUAAGACUUCACAGGUUAGCAUCUUCCCAAAAAUUUCUAUCUGUGGAACUAGCUCUGCAGCUCUCCGAACUACCUCAUCUCACUUCCUUCUGCUGUGGAAGUAGCAGUAUUGAUGCCACCAGAGACCCCAUCUCUCUCUCUCUCUCUCUCUCUCUCUCUCUCUCUCUCUCUCUCCCUCUCUCUCUCUCUCUGCCAGUUGCCAUCUCCAGUCUAUCCCCACUUGUACCCAGUCUAGCUUUAGGCAGUCGCCACCUUCAGAGAUCACAUGAACUCAGGCAAAGCCUGGCUCUCUCGGCUGCAGAACUAUCCUUCGGCCGGCCUAGCUAUGACUGGGAAGUGUGACUUCAGUGCAGCCUUCUGCCUCUGAUCAGGGACCUGUGAUCCAGGCCAUGUCCAUUCUCUCCCAGGUCAUUCUGCGAUGUUUUUAAUCAACCAGGUGCCUCCUGGUCAUGAAUGAACCCAGGGCCUUGGCUCCUAUGACAACUUCUAAAAUAGAACUCCUCUCCCUCAGCAGCUUUGUCAUGAGGUAGGACACGGCUCAGCACACGCUUCCCAACUCAACACCCUGGGUCCCUUGCUUUCUGUGACAUCACCCUCCCUUUUCAGUCACUAAAGAAUCUCAAGGGGAAUGGGAGCAGUUUUAAUGAGCAGAGUUUCAAUUUUGUAAGAUAAAAAGGUUCUGGAUACAGUGUGAUGAUUAUUAAAAAAUAUGAGUGAACUUCAGUUAAAUGUUAAA